CACGUGUUUGUUGUCUGUUACGCCCAACACGCCGGAGUUGGAUCAUAGCAACGUUGCUUGACUGUUAUAAUGGAAGGUCAACCCGAGGCCAUAAUGUCUUUAGAUUUUCAAUCAGAAACGCGGCGACGAAAGGGCUCCAAACACGACAAAACAGGAUGUCUAACCUGCCGAUAUCGGAGGAAGAAGUGCGUCGAGAACACGUUUCCCAUCUGCGGAACAUGCUCCAGGCUGAAUCUGAAAUGCGUGCGAUCGACGACUCGCGAUGUAGUUCCGACUACCUGGGUCGAACAGAAGAAGAGCACACCGCAGGCAACUCAGGCGCUGCGGCCAUCGACGAGAGAUAACUCGCAUCAACCAUUCUCGUCAUGUUUUCCGUUGCUUGCGUCACCGCCGGGCGUAGACCAGGCCGAACCGCCUCAGAAGCGACAAGUAAUGCGAUACUACAUUACAGUGCUGAGCCAUUUCUUGACUGCAAGCGAGCAGUUCAACUCUUUUCUAUCUGAGUUCCUACCAAUGGCUAUGGAGUCGAGCGUGCUUUACGAUGCACUGGUCGCUUUUGCUUCUGGUCACUUAUCACUCACGAAUGAGUCAUAUCGGGUUUCUGCCUUGGAAGCACACUCGGCAGCAAUCACCAACCUCGCCACAGCCCUCGCAAAACCACAGCAUGAAAUCACAUGGUACGAAACCAAAGCAGCAACAUGCUUGGCCUUUGUCAUAGGUGAGGUAUGCGUGGGAGAUAACGACGGGUGGUGUGCCCACCUCAACGGUGCCAAGCUCAUCAUCGAGUCCGCCGUGGUCAAUCCAAGCUCAGGGACGACCUUGCGAGGACCUGAAGUCUUCAAACGGAGCUCUGAGGGUCAGUGGAUUCUUCGAAACUUUGCGUAUCAUGACAUGAUUGGGAGUGUGACCAUGCGGAGGAGGCCGCUGCUGGACUGCAGUUAUCUGAAUGGCAUCACAGAUGUUGUUGACACCUACCUAGGCGUCGCCACAGAUCUUCUACGCCAUGUAGCUACUUUGAGUAGCAUCGAUGAAGAGACCAGACUCAAUGUUACUCUGGGGGCUGAGGAGAUGGCCAGAAGAAAGGAGUCGUUUCAUGCCACCUGCGAAGGAGUCCAGCAAGAGCUGCAAGACUGGCGAUGUAGGCCAGAUGCCGCUCCAGAACUUGCUGCUCUGGCGCAUGCAUUCAGGAGCGCUGUUAUUAUUGUGCUAUUCCGACUGAUACGGAGCCGACUGAGAUCGGAGGAAGAGUGCACUCAAGGGGCAAGCUCUGAAGCCACGAGAUGGGAGAUGCUACAGACGAAGAUGCGGACGCAGGUGUCUAACAUCCUGAGGCACGUCUCAGAUAUUCCGGUCGGGUCACAUACCGAGUCGGCAAUUCUCUUUCCUCUCUUCCUUGCUGGCGGCGAGGCGACUGAGGACGAACACAUGGAUGCCGUUCGUGUUCGGUUGCAGAUGACGUUGCAGAAACGACGAUUCCAGAACAUUUCGCGUUCUUUGAUAAUACUCGAAGAGUUAUGGCAAAGGCGGCAAAACUCAGGUUUGACGGAUGAGGCAGACUGGACUGACAUCUUGGAUGAGACUGGGGAACAUCUUCUCUUGACUUAGGGCCGGUUAUCGGUACCAUCCACAUAAGUCUACUAAUACGAUAGAAUUGCACAAACAAAGGCUAGCUACAUUGAGCGUCAGGUCGGCGACCACGUAUGAACCAUGGUCAGCAAGCGAUGCUGAACCAAUAAUCUUUAAGCUCACGACUGGAUCUAGGGAGACCAGCAAGAUCGGAACCGGUCCUUACCCCGCCUUAGGCCGAUGCAAAGCCUCCACACACGCCAGAUACGCCAUGCAGAUACGCCUUGAGCCCACAUGAUACCGUAUCAGAUAGUCAGUCUCCAAUACAGUAUUGACCGGCGUUCAGAUGGAAAGCAGCGAUAACGAUACAAGGUAACAUGCUUAGGACUAGGUAUAUCUCUACCCAC